CGACGGGCCCUUCUAGACAUCCCUGCAGUGGUGAUCGAGGAGGUCAACGAAGACGAACUCCCGGACAACCGUGUUGCAGAGCGCAAAGUAACCUUCUCAGCGUUGUUGGGGUAUUAUGAGCAGCGACAGCAGCUGUGUUAUAGGCACGCGCUGGUCCUGGAAAGCAUGCUCCAGGAGUGCCCGGAGAAUAGACCCUGGCUAGAGUCGCAUGGGUUCGACGUGGAAAAGCUAGUCCGCUACCUGCGGUGGAAUCCUGCCGAGCAACUGAGGCAGCUUGAGCACAUGGAGCCGGCGCGGAGAGCGCGGUAUUCAAAGCAGCUGCAGACUCAGCAUCGAAGAAACUUGCGGCACAUGGAGGAGAACCUGGCGAAAGUCAUGCCGGUACGUGGCUCGAAAUAA